ACUCAAUAUCUUGGACCAAACAAUGGGAAAAUUCAAAUCACCAAUGAAGAUAGAGCAUGUUACUUGGUGGAGAGAAAAAAAGGGCAAUAUUUUUAAAGUAAUUGACUGAGAAAUUAAUGUGAUCAGUUGAGUUUAACGCUAAUGGGAAACCACGCAGGCCUCGUUUAUUAUCACACCAAACUUUAAACCGGUGAGCACACCUUACUACCGACCACAUGUCCAAAAACAAAUAAUACACCAAGACUGUAGUACACGAUAAAAAAUAAAGACAAGUCGACAUGUGUAUUUCAGUAGAAGUUUUAGAGUAAGUUCAGUGCUGCCGGUUAGUCUCCGCCCCUCCUCAGUGUACUUCACCAAAAACUUGCAUGAAUCGACUCGACUGUGUGAGAAUUUUGGCUGCAUAUCUCCCACAGUUGAACAUUUACCAAGAUCUUUUGAGGAUUGGCUUUUAAGAGCUUGGCUCUCUGUUGAAAAGAGAAUGUCGAAAAGUGAACCAGAAGAGAUGAUAGAGAUCGAGAUCGAUGAACGGGAGAAACAGGGGUGCCUUGAGGAAGGCGUUGAGGAGCACACCAUCACCGCAUCAGAUUUGAUCCAGCAAGACAUCGACAUCAACGAGCCAAUCGGCAAUCUGAAGAAGCUUUUGGAGCCCCGUAUCCAGAUGUCACUGGAUGCAUAUGAGAUCUGUUUGCAGGAUAUUCAGUUGCACCCUGAUCACAGCCUCUUCGAUCAGGGAGUAAAGACAGAUGGCACAGUGCAGCUCAGCAUGCAGAUUAUAACCAAACCAGGUGAGGAGAAGUUGAACAUAUUGGAAAUUGUGAAGCCGGUGGAGACGGUAGAGGUGGUGAUCGAUCCAGAUGCAGCCGGGGAGGAAGCGACUCUGGUGGAGGAGGGACAACUCAUCGCUGUGGAGAGAUCCGCCCUGUCUGAUGAGACUUCAGAGCAGGUUACACGCUGGGCCGCAGCACUUGAAGGCUACCGCAAAGAGCAGGUCCGCCUCGGCAUACCAUACGACCCCAUUCUCUGGACCGCUGACCAGGUGAUCCACUGGGCUGUGUGGGUAAUGAAGGAAUUUAACAUUGAUGAGAUGGAAAUUGGCAGCAUUCACAUCCCAGGGCGAGACCUCUGCUCUUUCAGCCAGGACGAGUUCCUUCAGAAAGUGCCUAAUGGAGAAAUACUCUGGAGUCACCUGGAGCUUCUACGCAAAUAUGUGUUGGCAAGCCAGGACCAGUCAGGAGGGGAUGCCACUGUCACCAUUGAUCAACCUGUGCAGAUAAUCCCGGCUCAGGUCAGCACACCCACUGCCAUAAAGGUAUUGAAGCAGAAUCGCGGCCCCAGAACGCCCCGUAUUUCAGGAGAAGAGCGCAGCUCACCUGGCAACCGCACAGGCAACAAUGGGCAGAUCCAGUUAUGGCAGUUCCUGCUGGAGCUGCUGACAGACAAAGAUGCAAGAGACUGCAUCUCCUGGGUGGGCGAGGAGGGGGAGUUCAAACUCAACCAGCCUGAGCUUGUGGCACAAAAAUGGGGCCAACGCAAGAACAAGCCAACAAUGAACUAUGAGAAACUCAGCAGAGCUCUCAGGUAUUACUACGAUGGAGACAUGAUAAGCAAGGUGCAGGGCAAGCGGUUUGUCUACAAAUUUGUGUGCGACCUGAGAACUCUGAUUGGCUACAGUGCUGCUGAGCUCAACAACCUGGUGACUGAAUGUGAACAGAAGAAACUGGCUCGCAUGCAGAUGCACGGCAUCGCUCAGCCCAUCACAACAGUGACCCUGGCCACCACUACACUUGACAAGGACAGUUGAAGGAGGCUGCAUCCAAGCGCUCAUCAAUUUACUCUCCACCAAUGAUUGGAAAUCAAACCAACUUUCUUCUGUUUGACUCAACUUUGUUCAUUAGGCACAGAAAUGCGAACGCUGAUCCGCGAUCACUGUGGAUUAACUUUGACGUCUUUACAGAAUCAAGUUUCGAGUUAGACUGAGGCAGGUAAAGUUUUUUUUUUUUUUUUUUUAGCUUUUCUUU